AAAUGUUCGACCUGAACGAAGAGUGAAAACCGAAAGCACCAAGCCAACCAGCCAAAGGAAAAAAAAGAAAAGAAAAAAAUCAUUACAUUAAACGAACGGCAUUUAUCGACAUCAUUUCAGUGUUUCUUUUCUGGUUUAGCAGUUCCAUUGUUUCUUCAUUCACUUUGUUUUUUUGUUAUUGUUUUUUUUUCAAAUCCAUACUUUUCGUUGUUUUUUUUGCUUGAAGCAAUCAAUUCUGAAUCAACUUUUUUUUAAAAAAUGUCUAUGUUAUGUCGACGAUUAUUUCAAAUUAAUCAAACAAAUGGCCUACCUGUAGCAUGUAUUAAUUAUGCAUCAGCUAGAUUUAUUAGUAAUCCAUCGGAAAGUACCGAUUUAAAAGGUAUUAUGGCUAAAAAAAUUGUUGAACAUCAACGACGUGUUAAAGAAUUUCGUGCUGCAUUUGGUAAUAAUGUUAUUGGUGAAAUUGCUAUCGAUCAAGUUUAUGGUGGUAUGCGUGGUUUAAAAGCAUUAGUUACUGAAACAUCUUAUCUUGAUCCUGAAACUGGUAUCUCGUUUCGUGGUUAUUCAAUACCUGAAUGUCGUGAAAAAUUACCACGUGCACCUGGUGGUGAAGAACCAUUACCUGAAGGUCUUUAUUGGCUUUUAUUAACCGGUGAUAUACCGAAUAAACAACAAGUUGAAACACUUUCAAAACAAUUUGCUGCUCAUGCCGAUCUACCAUCACAUGUUGUUACAAUGUUGAAUAAUUUUCCAUCAAAUCUACAUCCAAUGUCACAAUUUAGUGCUGCAGUAACUGCUUGUAAUACUGAAUCAUUAUUUGCAAAAGCAUAUGGUGAAGGUGUUAAUAAAGCAACAUAUUGGGAAUAUGUUUAUGAAGAUGCUAUUCGUUUGAUAGCAAAAUUACCAACAAUUGCUGCAACUAUUUAUCGUAAUCUUUAUCGUGAUGGAUCAUCAAUUGGUGCAAUUGAUCCAAAUAAAGAUUGGUCAGCUAAUUUUACAACAAUGUUAGGUUUUAAUGAUCAAGUAUUUACCGAUUUAAUGCGCCUUUAUCUCACCAUCCAUAGUGAUCAUGAAGGUGGAAAUGUAAGCGCUCAUACAGUACAUCUUGUUGGUUCUGCUCUAUCUGAUCCUUAUCUAUCAUUUGCUGCUGGUAUGAAUGGUUUAGCUGGACCAUUACAUGGUUUAGCUAAUCAAGAAGUAUUGGUUUGGUUAACAAAAUUACAGAAAGAACUUGGUGACAAUGUUAGUGAUGAAAAAAUGAAUGAAUUUGUAUGGAAAACAUUGAAAAGUGGUCAGGUUGUACCUGGUUAUGGUCAUGCUGUAUUGCGUAAAACUGAUCCACGUUAUACUGUACAACGUGAAUUUGCACUCAAACAUUUACCCGAUUAUCCAAUGUUUAAACUUGUUGCACAAAUUUAUAAAAUUGUACCACCAAUUUUAUUGGAACUUGGUAAAGUUAAAAAUCCAUGGCCCAAUGUUGAUGCCCAUUCCGGUGUUCUUUUACAGUACUAUGGAUUAAAAGAAAUGCAAUAUUAUACUGUUUUAUUUGGUGUAUCACGUGCAUUGGGUGUUAUGUCAUCAUUAGUUUGGGAUCGUGCACUUGGUCUGCCUAUUGAACGACCUAAAUCAAUGACAACUGAAGGUUUACAAAAAUUGGUUGGUGCUUUGUAAAAAAAAUAAACCGAAUCGAAAAACAAACCCUCAAAUCAAUCUAAUGGUGUUAUAUUCAAAUAAUAAUUGUGAAGAAGAAUUUUUUUUAGAAAAACAAAUCAAAUUCAAAAUUAGAGAUUUGGUCAGCAAAAAAAAAAUCAAAAAACCCAAUAAAAACAACAAAUUGUUCUCCUUAAUUCUACAAUUAUCCCCCGGUUAGAUAUAUAAAAUGAAAAUAUCCGGGUUGUAUUAAUACUUAUAAAUUAUAAAUUAUUAUUAUUAUUAUAAAUGAAUGAAUCUCAGUUUAAAUUAUAAGAUUAAAAAAAAAAACAAAAAU